AGUCUAUUAGGAGUAUAUUUACGACAGUGUCGCAAACCCAGCUACAGCUCAGCCGGUUUGUCCUCCAUGGAAACGAGCACGCAGUCAAAGUUUAGUUUGCACACUUGGGUAAAUUCAUAAUCUUCACUGUUUGGCUGUUACACUUGUGUAUGGCUUAGUGAUUAAUCAAACUAUAUAUAUAUAUUACUCAACUUACCCAGAAAUGCAGCAAGGAGCGAUAAGGCGUUACUGAGGCACUGUUAGUGUCGCGUAACUAUUAGCAAACUAAAGCUAACUCUAAAGCCAAACAUAUGGCGCAUACAGUCACUAAUGUUUGAUGGUUAACACAUAACUCUGAAUUAUUUCUGGACUGAAUGGCUGUCAUAUCGUGUCCGUCAGGGAGCCAACAGUUACGGACAGCUGGGACAGGGACAUGAGGAGGACCAGCUACACCCCGGACUCUCAGAUACUUCCCCUAUCCAAAGUAAGGCUUUACGGUCCGUGAGCGGCGGCGGAGGUCACACCAUGGUUAUCACCGGUACGUUUGUCUCUCACAGUACAUUUCCUUUAAAAUCAGCCACAAACCUGUUGCCUUUAAACGCGUUCAUCAACAAGUCUGUACAAAACAGAUCAGACUACUGACUUCUUCUUUGACGCUUUACGGCAGCUGGUAUCCACGACGAUGUAGUACUGCCAUCUACUGGUUUCUUUUAUCUCUCAUCAAGUCCCAUCAGGGUUGAAGAUAAUCACUUUCUCUCUUCUUAAACAUAUUAUUUUCUCCCCCUGAUGAUUGAAUAGAUUUACAACAGAGCUAAUUUUCUAUAUCUCUGAUUUAUCUUUUAUGUUUAUCACUCUUCUGCAGAGUAGAAAUAGAUGUCUUGGUGUUUUGGUUUUCAGAGGAUGCAGAGGUGUUUGUUUGUGGGCAGAAUCACAAAGGCCAACUAGGACUUGGACACAAUGAAGAUAUCUCCUCGUUUCAGCUCUGCCACAGACUGGGCCAGAGGGUCACAGAAGUGGCCUGUGGAUGGGAUUUUACCGUUCUCCUCACUGGUGAGCACUUCUCCAAACUGGGCCCUAAUAUUCUGUUCUACUUUGGGUUCAGAGGGAUUUCAUAGUGUUGUGAGGGAGAGUUUUGAGUAUUAAUGCAUACUUUAGGCAUUAGUAAUGGAUUAAUUUACAGAUGGAGCAAUUGAAGGCAAUUUUUUUCAUCUAUCUCAGCUGUCACAAAAUAAUACAAUAAUAUAAGACAUAAAUUGAAUGUAAAAAGACAAAUUGCUUGUGUUAAAGGGACAUUCCGGCAUAAAAUUAAGUUAGGGUCAAACACACCGUAACACAGAGUCAGACACCCCAUCAAGAGAUGAAUGUUGCCGACCACUUGCUUCUCUAGUGAUACCAACUUUAGUAAUGACCGCACGAUAGCAAUACACGGCAGUCUAAGGAGCCACACACAAACCUCAACCAAAACGCCACUCUAUAGCCACAAAUAAUUCUCAGAACAGCAUCUAACUUCAUCAACAGUACAUAUAGGGUCCUAGCCACAGCACUAGCCACCAAACAUCUUGUCUAGAGCAAAGAGUCUAAACACAACUCACCUACUCUCUUCCAGCAGCCGCUUUUUUGUAGCAAGACCUCGGGCCGGUCCAUGACUAACUACAGCAGGGUGACGCAGCUCAAGGAAGAACAUUUAUGAUCAUUUCUUCAUGGAAAUGCAAUCAGACCGAGACGCUAAGGCAGAAGAACUACUGCGUCUGCAGUGCAAAAUGAUUAAUAUGGUGAUUAUUACUUCAAGGAAAUGAUAAAGAAAUGAUCAUAAAUGUUUUUCCUUGAGCUGCGUCACCCCACAGCAGUCUGUAAUGGACUGGCCCAAAGAAAAUUAGGCAAAGUUAAAAAGAUGUUUGGUGGCUAGUGCUGUGGCUGGGACCCUACAGUAUAUGUCCUGUUGAUGAAGUUAGGUGCUGUUCUGAGCAUUAUUUGUGGCUAUGGAGUGGCGUUUUGGUUGAGGUUUGUUUACAACUACUCAGACUGCUGUGUAUCACUAUCCUGCAUUCGUUACUAAAGUUGGUAUAACUAGAGAAGCAAGCGGUCGGCAACAUUCAUCUCUCGAGGGGUUUGUAACUCGAUGUUAUGGUUUGUUUGACCCUAAAUUUAAUUUUAUGCCAGAUUAUCCCUUUUAAGAGCAAAACUGCAGUCUUCAUAGGAGUAGUCUUUAUGAACCAGCAGACUUAAAGCACCCUCAUGUCAUGUGGAAGUAACUUUUAUUCAGUACUGACUUUUAAACUUUAUUGAUACUAUCAGUCAGUUUGUAAUAAAAGAUGCAGGUUUACUUAUCUUCAAGUGCAGAUGGAGUAUCUGCUCUGGCAUUAAACAAUAAAAAAAGAGCCCAGCAAAAAUGUAUGAAGGAUUUUCAUGUUUGUUUUUCUCAUAUGUACAGGUUGUGGCUUAGUACUGACUUGUGGCUCCAAUGCAUUUGGUCAACUUGGUGUUGGACAGACAGUCACACACUCUUUAGAUCCACUUGUUGUGGAGGUGAGCACAUGACAAGUUUGCAAUUACUCACUUAUAUAAACACACAAAAUGCCUUUGUAAUUGUCCUUUACCCAAUGAAAAUAAUCAAAGCUCACUUUACCGCCUUUUUAUAUUUAAUCAGGUAUUACUGUUCUGUUAUUUUUCAGAGUCUGAAGGAGCCGAUGGCGAGUGUUGCAGCUGGACUCAGACAUUCACUGGCUUCUUCUGGUGAGUAUACAUAAAAAAGUGAGUUUUAAUUUAAUUGUCAGUCCAAAAAUUAUAAAUUUUGUUUUUUUCAGUCUCAGGUCAAGUAUAUCAGUGGGGACGUGGUCUCUCCAGCCAUGCAAAGAGAGCUCUGAGUCCACAUCCUGUCCCAUUGUACCUGAACUCCCCAGUGCCCUCUCUGGUACCAGGUUGGUUGAGCUGUCACUGAACGCUAAUAGGCUAUAAAUGAUUAACAGUACUUCCAGUGAUUAUAAUAAUUGUACCUCUGUCACAGGGUUGGAUCAGAAGACCUCACACAAAGUGGCUGCAGGCUCAAUGCACUGUGUGUGCCUCACAGGUAUGGUAUUUAUGACAGUUAUUAUUUUUUCAUAAAGGAUAAAUGUGAAGGGCUUUAUAGACACUGGCAACUACAAGGUAGUGCGUACACUUAAUUUGGCAGAGGACUCAGAAGAAAUGUUGGUUUUGCUUUAUUGUUUUGAGUGUAAGAAUCUCAAUAAGAUAUUUGCACCACAACCAAUAAGAAAGGCUGCACAACUGUCUCUGAUUGCUUCUGUCUUGUGUGCAGGAGACGGUGAUUUGUUUCUAUGGGGAAGCAAUAAGCAUGGUCAGCUGACCAGCUCAGAGCCUUUUGUGCUCUCUCCCGCUCUUAUGAAGCGUUCGCUGCUUGGUGGAGAGAAAGUUAUCAACGUGUGGAGCGGGUGGACACACCUUGUUGCCCAAACAGGUAAAACAAAGUAACCUAUGUCAUGUCUCAGCACAUUUAUAAGUCUAAAAAGGCAAUUAAGGUAUCUUAACAAAGUCAUCUGCCAUCUUACAGAGUCUGGGAGAGUGUUCACAUGGGGUAGAGGAGAUUAUGGACAGCUAGGUCAACCGACAUCAGCCAGUCUAGACCAGGAUCAGAAAUCAGGAGGUCCCUCAGCUGGAGAUGGAAACCAGAGGGUUUGCCUGCCUGCAGAAGUGGAAGCCCUCCGUGGAGCCACGCAAGUAAGAUUUCCAUGUGUUCAUUUUGGAAAACCAAGAAUUUUCCACACAUUCAGUAUCUCCUAGGAUACGUGUCGCUAUUGCUCAUUGCUUUCACUAUCAUGGUGUCGUGGAAGAAAAUAUCAGUGGGUCCAUCAGGGGGCAGCAGUCCAUAACGGAUAAAACGUGGAGCUGCGAGUGGUUUUGUAGAAUGUGAGACUUACAAUACCGCUGACUGAGAGCCAGGCCCACCAAGAGCAGGUUCCUGAGGAUUAGAAUCACUAAACCUACAACACACACACAGAAAUACACAUGCUCCCAAAGGACCACUUCCAUUCAGUGAAGGCGGAGUCUCUUUUCCCAUAAGGGCAAUUACGCGUGCACAUCACAGGAUCGCAGCAGUUAACCUGGAGUCUAAAUGGCUGGGGAUCGUUGCCAAUAAAGUGGAUGUCAGGGACGGGCAAGGGCAAGCUCUGGUUCACUCUUCCACUGAGCACAGAUCAUUGCAGCAUCGCUGGCGUAUGUCAAGGUGUAGUUACUUUGUGUGUGUGUGUAAAGCUAUAGGGAGGAUGGAUUAGCCAAGUGGACCAUGAAUCUCACAGCCCACUGUACCAUGAUACCUGCCUCAGUCUGAGCAUUUCCACCUGCAGAGUAUAUUUGGUGCACUGUCACAUUUACAGGACUCAGUUGAAUCUUUUCAUGGCUUUCCAUAGCUGUAUGCUUGAUUAAAACAUCAAUUAAGCAAUUCUAACUGUGUUUGCAAAAUUCACAAUUCAAGGCCCACAAAUCCGACAGCUAAAGCUCUAACUGCAUAAUUUUGCAGCUACAGAGCUCAGUCUAGAUAUUCUACUCUUUUGCUGCUUUACAUAGUUCAGGAGCAGAAUUUAAAUGUGUCUCCCCAGCUUCUGUAGCAGGUAUAAAAGGGGAAAGACUGCAGAAAAAAAGGCCAUUAAUUUGUAAAAGGGUUUUAGUCAGCAGAGGCAGGCACUCCUGCGACAGUUGCAUUAAACACUCUAGACAGCCCGGCAGUGUGGUCUAGCUUUUAGGAACACUUUACUGUCGGAGUUUUGCUCUGCUUUCUGUUGAUGCACUGUAGAGUGAGGGGGUUUAACUGCAUCUAAUGUAUUUACAAAAUAGAUCACUACUAACAUAAUUUGCUUUGGUGCACUCAUGUUACAUGCAAUAAAAGUUGGAUGACUACAUCUUGACACAUGGCACUUUAUUUAACUUUCAGAGCAGGUUUGGUCACAAAAUAUUUCAGUAUCCAUGUUGGCAUGACAAUUCUUGGAUAUUACAAUCCUAACAUUGGCUGUCUGUUCUAAACAUGCAUUUUUAACACUUUUAAAACCUUUUCCUCCACAGAUUGCUUGUGGAUCAGAACAUAACCUCGCCAUUGUAGGUAUGUGUUGUCUCUCAAAACUUUCCUCACAUUUUCGGAACGCUUUUCUUCCCAUGCUGAAAAACUGUUAACAAUUUGCUGAUAUCAGAACACGUAUUGAUGCAGAAAAAUAGAUAAGCAUUUAUUUAGAACAAGAUUAAACACAAAUGCACUAGAAAUGUACGACGAGAGAAAGAGGGUUCUGGGAAAUUAAGCAGAAAAAGUUUGAACUACAAAAGAUUUAAGUACGUGCAAACAGCUGGAACAAAAGACUCCACUUUGGCCUGACAUGACCGCAGUACUCACUGCAUAAAAGAACAGGGAUUGCACAUAGGCACCGCUAAACUGUUUCAAGUUAUCCUCCUCCCGGUACUAAAGAGUUAGCAUAGAACAGUCUCAUUCAUUACAGUUAAACAUCAGUGUGAAAUAUUAAUCCUUCUGGUAAUGCUGUAGAGGAUUUCAGAGGUCAGCUCUUUGCUCUGUGGCCUUUUGCAUCAGGAAGUAAUUACAGUACGGGCAGAUGGGUAUCACUGACAGAGCCAUUUGCUUGAACAAGCCUGUUAAAAGCUGUAUUAAGCACACACACAUUUACAGGCAUGUUUUUCUAGUUGCAGAUUGUCUGGAGGGCUGCCUUUCUUUUUGCUCAUAAGAACAGAAUAUUGACACUGCAGUCACAUCCCUUCAAGAAUCCUAAACAAAUAGAAAUGCAGGGUUGUUUGUUAUUCAGUCAUCAGAUGGAAAACAAGCUUGCUCAGUUUCCUUGCAGGCUUGCCAAAAGUCUUCUUCUUCUCCGAAGUGGCUCCCUUUUUGGAAGUAAAAUCUUUUGCAUUAAAUUUUGAACACUGGCCCAGUUUUUUUUUCACAUCUGCAUGAAUAUAAAUAAGCACAGAAACACCCAAAGCGGCUCCACCAAAGAGGAGUCGCUUGACAUUGCUGGUAUUUCGAUGAGCAAAUGGCCUUCCACUUUUAAUGAUCUGACUAAUUUACAGUUAACUGGAUACACCAUCAUGAUUUGGAAACUGUUAACACAGGCUGUCCGUCAUAAUGACAGUUCUUGCAAAGCACUUCUCUGUGUCGACAGAAGUUCAGUUUUGUGAUAAGAAAGCAGAACCAUUAAAGGGAGAGCUCAGUUGAACCUGGUGCACCUCCUGUGCCACGCUCUCCUCUUUUUCCUCCUCCUGUCUCAAGCGCAGUGGCAGGAGCAAUGAAAUAGCAAAACAGGAUUGGAAGCAGAGACCUGAGUGCAGCUAUUUCUGGUGCUGAAGUAGGUCAGGCAGAAAGGAACGGAGAGCAUUGCAUGCUGCUGCUCAUGAUAUCUGUUGCCUGCUCAGCUUUUGCCCAUUUGCACCUGAGGAGUUCUCCUCAAGUAUGAAAUUCAUCAUCGGUGGUCAAGGUGGGGCCAAAGACGCUGUGGGCACAGCUCAUCCAAUCUGAGGAAAGAUUUUUUGUUAUGUGAACAUUCUGAACUUGACAGGGAUGUAUAAGGACAAAGACCUUAGAUAAGAUGCUGUUAUUGGUCAUAGUAUGGUGUCAUAGUUAUGCUAACAUAGAUGCCUGCAGUGGUUUACAUCACUGUGCUGCUGUUAAUCUAGUGUGAGAUUUGAAGCAUUUAAAUGUAAAAUUCAAGGUCAGGAUUUGUUUACAAAGAAAGGGAUUUUGGUUUGAGUGUCUUGAUUUUAAGCCCUUUUUAGUGCAGAAUAUUGUGCAGGCACUUUGUUGCCAUGGAAACACUGAUGUGCUGUACUCCAGUCAGUGAGUCCAUGAAUUAAGCACAGCACCAAAAUAAGGUUUUUUUUUCUCCCAAAGAACAAAACAAUUCAACACAUCCAAUGAUGUAAUCAGGAUGUUUACUGAAUAACCUAAAUCUAAGAUGGCAUAAGAAGAACAUGCAUUAUUUUAAAAACCCUGGCUACAUGUUUUUGUUCAGUGCAUAAGCUCCUAUCUGGCAAAAUUUCACACUGACAUAAGCUGCUGGCAUGAUAUCUUGGUCAUUUACGGGCGAAAGCAUAUGUGUCACUUGGCAAAUCAGUAUCUUUUGAUGCCACUGAGACAAACCAGAACCGCACAAAGACAAAAGAAGUUGCAAGAUGUGAAAUAAAUGAAAACAGUAGCAUGAAAGACGCACACAUACACACAACUGCAGGAUGGGGAAAGCUUGAAGAUAUGUUACCCUUGAGAAGGCAAGCUCUCUUCUGUUGCCAUGGCAAUGGAGCCUAUUAGGUAACUGUGUUGCCAUGGCACGUGUCUUCUCGGUGAUGCAGACCUGACCACACCCACCAACACCUCACCAGCUGUGAAGAGCAGGGAGUCUUUAUUACUGGCUGAGUGUCAGUGUGGGGAAAAGAGAGGCUGUGCAUGGAUGCAUGCAUGUACGUGUGUGUAUGUGAGUGUCUGUGUGUGUAUAUUUGCAUGCCUUUUGUGUUUUGGGCUCUGAGUUUUUUUUUUCCUCCAGGCUGCUAAUUUUAGUCUACAUGGUACGGUGCUGCAGCCCAGCCACUCCGCUGUUAGUUCCACUGACCCCCAACCCCUCUCCUUUUCAGGGGGGAGUCUCGUCUCCUGGGGCUGGAACGAACACGGGAUGUGUGGAGACGGUUCAGAGACCAACGUCCUUCAGCCGCAGCUUGUUUCUGGACUCAAACCUCUUCUCAUUGGCUGUGGGGCUGGACACUCUAUGGCAGUGUGCACUGAGAUGACUGACUCAAGUCAGAACUCUGCAAAGAUUCCACUCCAGUAACACUGACAAAUGAUACUCUGUUCAGCGUGUUGCACUUUGAGACGAGAUAAACAGACAGAAUUUGUGAAUCUAUAAAAUUCUACCUGAUCUUGUGUCUUAUUCAUGAAAAGGCCGGUUUUCAGUUACUUUACUAUAAUCAUAAAUGUAGCCGUGUGCUUGGACACAGGCUGAGUUAUGUCACAUGAGGACAGAGGCCAUCAUUUCUCUGACCAUCACUAACCCAUCACUUUGAUGGACAUGAUGGGAGCCGAUGGCUUUGCAGGACAUGGCCAAUGCUUACUGCUUCUGGUCCACCUGCCAUGUUUGUCCCCCUGAGUGAGGCCGUUAUGGACCAUGUGAGGAAUGGGCUGGACUGCUGCUAUAGCUCCAUCUUCCUCAUGUCAGCUGUUUUAUUGCUGUGAUCUUGAGUGUCAGGAGGCAGUCAAUCUCUGCACUUCAUUCUGAAAUUCUCUCGGCCAUCUCAUGAUUUACCGCUAACACAGCAUUUUUUGUUUAGGACGCUGUCCGUCACAUUUUUGUACCCUUGUCAGUCUGUGUCAUAUUCUUUGAUGUUCUGUUAGUCUCGUCUGCACCACUUUCACACUGUAUUCUUCGUUAAUCCCUCUUGAGGGAAGUUUGUCCGCUGUGUUUGACCCAACUUGCAUAUUUAUAAGCUGUGCACACCUGCAGUGCAGCAAACCGGGACCAACUGCAGGUCUGGUGCCUUUGCUGUGGUCGAGGGUAAUGACAGGACCAAGAGUGGUUCAUGUGUUAUAUUUUUGCAAUUUAUUUACCAGUUAAUUUUAAACUUUUUUUUUAAUGCAGCUCAACAACAACAACAAUAAAAAAUAAAAUCUGUAAACUAAGUUAUUUGCUUAAAUAUUAGAUUAAAUUGCUUUUACCUGGAUUUAAAAAAAAAAUCAACACUCAUUAAAAAAUGAUAAUUUCUGUGUUUUUUAUUUAUCACUAUUUAUUGUACAAGCCUGAACUGUAUUUGUCAAAAAAGACACAAAAAUCCCUAAACAACAAACCAAUCAAAACAAUCACUGAACACCUUAUUGAGAUAACUAACCACAAAAUACAGUGUUCAAAACACACACUCUGAAGUCUCACUAAACGGCACACAUUAGUUGCCUCUUUGUUGUGUAAUUGAUUUGUUCCAUGAAAACAGCUGUUUUUUGUGUUUAUGUGCGAUUGUGUUUGUUUGUUUGUUUGUGUGUGUGUGGUGGACAAUGAGCAACACACCCUCAUUUGUUCUCAGCCCUGUCGGCAGAUGCUGAUCUGGUGUUCCUGACUGCACAGUAGGCUGUUGGCAGUGUGUUUGCAGCUGUUUGGUAAAAAGUUGGUCCCUUUACACUAACUUUUCUACGCAAACAAUGAAGUUGUUCUGUUGACUCAAUGGCUCUCCUUCUUUUUGUUUUUUGUUUCCGUCUUACAUGUGAUCGCUUAACUGUAGAAACCGAUGCAUAUGGGGGUUCUUUUGUGCGUGUGUGUGUGUGUUCUUAGUUGAUACGUGUUUCGACGGCUGGUGAUUGAUGGCUCAUUAGAAAUAAAUAUAUAUUCAUUCAUCAUGUCUGCUGAGCUAUACUAAUAUGAUGAAUUAUAAGAAGGAUUUGCAUAACAGAGGCACUUGUCCAGUGUAAUGAGUAUAAUGAUUUGGCGUUGUUAAGUAUUACAUACUAAUGGAGUUAUUUUCAUACGUGCAGAAAAAGAAUAACAAUCAAAUUCUACAUGAUUGUCGAUAAAAAUGUAAAAUUAAUAUGAGUUUAUGUAUUUUAUAUAUGAGCUGUAAACGUAAAUCAAACUUUAGCCACAUGUGAAGAUAUGUAAACGUUCGAUCAGUAUCCAAUAAGCAUUAUUCUUUUAUAAACAACCUUAGCAUUUUAGAUUUUCUUAAUCAUUUAGUCUUGGAUUUAUCAAUUUCACAAGGCAGACACGUUCUUCUUAUGUCAUGCUCAGGAUGGAAAGUUUAAAAGCUGGUGUGAUAAAGUUAUUUUCCAGGUUGAGUGUACAAAGUGGUAUAAAGAUAGAAAGUUUGGCAUAAUUUUAUCAUGUUCAUGAUUCAUCAAUCACUUAAAAAGAUAAAAAGAAAAAUCUCAAAGAAAAUCCUGACAUUUUUCAAAUUUAAAAUUCUAUGGUGAUUAGAAACAGUAAAUUUUAGCAUUUGACUAUGUUGAAGCUAGGGUGAAACCUAUGCCGUUAUAAUGUGAAAUUACCAUAGACUGUAUAUACUACGGACAACUUGGUUCCGAAGUCAAAAAUCUCUCGGUAUUUCCGGGAUUUUUCUUCAUUUCCUGAAACCAGUGCUGCGCAGUAGCGUUGGGCGCAUUCAGUGGGAGAGUCGCAGAGAGUCACUGUGGUGACGCUAGGCUCAAACAGCGUAUCCCCCGGGAGAGCUACGCAAUCCCUGAACGCCAAUAGGCUGUACCAGCUGUCAAUCAAAGAAAAGAUGAACCCCUAAUAACUUUUAAAAACGGAGCUUCACAGAAAAAAAGAGGACUUGAGUACAAACCAGUCUUACUGUAACUACAUGUCAACAUCACAAGCAGGGGGGAGAAAAGUUUAUGUUCUGUGUAAUAAGUUUCUAAAGUUUGCCCACAGCCCCAUAAGCUUUGCUGGCGGAGGCGAGAUUUAUGACCUAUACUACAGCCCAUCAACAGAGGGUGCUGUUCUCGGAGUGGCUUCACCCAGCGAGGAGGCAGACUCUGUCCAUUUUAUAUACAGUCUAUGGAAAUUACUCAGUGGCAAGGUCAAAAAGCUAAUUCUACCAUUAGCGUUAGGGUUACAGGCACUCUUACAGUGAUUAUGCUUUGAAGGAAGUGGUUGAAAGCUGUUUGUAGAUGGGAGCUUCUAUGUUAUAAAAUAUGCUGUUUUCCUUAUGUUACAAGAUUUCUUCUCACGGGGGCAUCAGACUCAUCAGAGAGUCAAAAAAGUUGUCAGAUUUACUUUAGUUUGUAGAACUUGAAACACAGACUUUAGUAGUACAACGGUUAGACAGUGUUAAAACCUCCCAUCCGGAGCAUGACAUCAGAGGAAGAUGGCUGCUUUGUGGGUAUGAUCAACUCCAAAUAUCUCACCAUUUUAAUGCCUCAUUAGUAAAAAGUAAAAGUGGUGUGUCUUAAUUCUUUUUAUUUUAGCUUGAUCUUUUUUUCCCGUUAUCUCUUUGAUGCCUGAAAACAUAUCAAAGGAAUGUCAUAAGUUCACUGGUGCAAAACAGUGCAAAAGUCUACAAAGAUGUGACCAUGACAGUGCAAAAGUUAACAAUUUGUUUUCAUCUGUUUAGUUUGGCUGACAUGAUGAGUGGUUAGGUUUUUGCUUGAGGAGUGGGGCGUAGGGUCGGUGAUCAAGAUCGGAGCAACAUUUCUUUUUUUUUUUUCAAAACAGAAGCAGCACACAAAUAUUUGAUGAUCACUCAAAAAACAUUGGUACACACAACUUCAGCACACAAAAAAGCGUAUUUACAGCACUGGCACACACCAAAAAUAGGCACACAAAUUACAACACAGUAACCAGUCACAGAAACUGAGCUACAUAAGGCUUGACAACAAAACUUCCUCAGUGCUACAUCUAUGCUGAGUUUGUGAUGCACAGGUUGUCACUGUCACACCCAUUGAAAAAUACUAAUUAAUACACACAACAAUGCUACAGCACUAUCAGGUGGGUGAUGGGCCAUUAUGGGUCAUACACAUAGUGGUAGGUACACCAUGGUUCAUAACACAAACUGACUCUGUUGGUUGUCUGCUCCGGUGCUGUCGCUGGGUCUCUAUAAACAUAUAAAAAAACAAUAACAAAAAUAAAUUAUUACACAAAUUAUGUAUAAUGACGGAAAUGAUGGCGAUGAUGGAUACCUCUGAGGUGCAGGGUGAGGUGGGAAAUGACACUAGCUUGAAGAGUAAAGAAAAUGUGCUCCGUUAGUUCCUCAUGGUAAACCACGGGUUUACCAUGUGUAUCCCAUGCUUAGCCAAGGCAUCAGACAACAAUGUACUGUCUGUGUGCAGAGGUUGGACUCUGAGUCGGUUAAUACACAUGCCCAAUCAUGCUGCGUUGUACAGAUUGAUAUACAGUAGUUGGUCAUUGUCAUGCGACUCUGCGUCAUGCUUUCACAGUCACCUUGUUUGUUAGGCUUUCUUUGACCCCAGGCACAUGUAGAAAAGAGGGUCAAACAGCCUUUGGAAGAGGAAGUUGUAUGUAUGCAAGUGUAGUUCAAUAAAAACGGAGUCUAAACGCUCAUUGUGUACAAAAUUUAUUUCAUGCAAGGACUUAUAUUUACAUAUUUUAUUUGAAUACUUUUCUGUUGCAUAAAUGUAAAAUACAUGCAUUUACCUUUCCCCAAGUAGACCCACAUCCCAUACUGUGUCGCAUGAUACUUUUUUUUUCACUUGAAUUGCAUGAGCAUAUAAUUCACCUGCAUCUGUUCACAUCAAAUUUUCACAAUUUUUUUUUUCAAAUAUAUAACGUUAAUAACCACAAGAGACAUGACUGGAAACGUUAAACUCUGCUCAUUCAGAAUAGAAACAAAACUUGAAUGACUUGCUAUACUUCUACUUCUUCUUCUUGAAGUUAUCAUUUUCUAAUUGGUCAAAACAAUGUAUUUUUUCUUUAAAGUGCCCUGAAAGAACUGUGCAUAAUUACUGGGACAGUUUUAAUACAUGUGACAAUAACAGUAUUGAUGUUUUAAAGUAAAAGGCAUACAAACACCAGGAGUCAUCGUGACGUCCCUGGCUGAUAGGAGAUUAAUUUUUGUGGCUCUGUAGAGUUGCCUGGUCCCCUAGUAUAAAGUUUGUGCUUAGUCAUAAUUGUUUUGAAAAAAAUGGGGACUUAAAAGUCAUUUUUAAGCUGGUUUUGCAUUAAUACAUAUCAUUCUUGAGGUUAAAUAUAUGUAUUGGUUGGUGUAAGAGUGAUUACAAAGAGGGCGUUUUUGCUGUGAUUAAGGUUACAAGUGUGGUGCCAGAGUUAUAAAGUGCACCUUAUAAAAUAAAGCUUUCAUCACACUGUUAUGAGCAUGGUAUAAAGUGUGUAGAUGCUACGCUAGGAGCUCUUAUGUCAAUUUAUUUCUCACUUGAACUUUGCCUCGCCAUGUAAAAAGGCACCAUUGUUUUAUAAUUAUGGCCUUUGUCUAGGCAUCACAGCAAUAAUGCAUCGCUGCACACUACCGAUACUGUUUUAAAAACUCAUUACUACUUGUAAAUAUACUGAUAUAAAACUAUUUAUGCUCAUAACAGCAUUAGUUGGCUUUAUGACAAGUACUUCAAGUUGAAUCACGCUAUUUUAGUUGGAGGCCCCAGUCAAAUAAGUACAAUAAAAUAAAUGUAUGAAUUUUGGGGAAAGGCAAAGAAUGGCAGCUACAUAAAAAUCUCUGCUAGGACUGAGUCUCUUGUAAAGCUGUCUCAAACUGCAUAAAGAAUGAAAUACUUAAGAAUCUAAAAGAGAAUAAAUGUUUUUUUUUUUUCUUUUUCUUACAGUUUCUGCGUAAGACUUUGCGUCUUGUUGAACAUAAUUUCUCAUGCACUUCAUGCAAAUGAGCAAACAGUUUUAGUUCUUUUGACAUGGUGUAUCCAUCAUUAGUAUCAUAAGAAUUGCCACCAUCUCCCUAUUGCAUUGGACAUCAAGAACAUCAUAAUCUUGUUUUUAUGGCCACUCAGAACAUUAAGUCUUGUCUAAUCCCACUUUCAGAAUGGUAACGUCUCUACUUUGCAACAUACAAAGCACUUAAUAGGAGUUCUCUUAACAGCUGGCAGUGAUACCUUUUGGAUGUGUUUCAAAGCCAUGUAUCGGUAAUGUCCAGCAUAUUGUUUGCAAGGUUUACAUCUUAUGAAAAUUUCUUUCACAAAAUUGUAAAAAGCAGAUGAGGAAAGUUAUUAGCAGAAGAGUAUGUGAGAUCAAAAGCAACAGAGCAACAGGCAAUGAUGUAAACACAGAAAAAGAGAGGGGUUAGCCUGUGGUAGAAGCUAAACAGUGCUUUGUCUGCAACUGAGGUGACCCAUGCAGAGUGGCAUGUGCCAAUGUUUUCUUGUCUAGGAUAUGAUGACACACCCAAGGAGAACACUUGGGAAGCUUGAGUAUUAGCACAGUUAAGAUACAGUAUUCAAGAAAAAUAAAGAAUUAAAAAAAUGAGAAAAGCGGGAGCGAAGGCAAGUGUAAAAGCAAAAAUCUGACAGGAAAGGUAAGAAAGAGGUGUGUGGACUGGCCUUCCAAUGGCAUUGUGUCUGCUACUCAACCAUGCUACAUAAUGGAUGGGAUGGGAGAAUGUGAGUGCUGCAUAAGACAGGGUGGGCUGCAGGGCAGGGCGGACACUGAGGACACUCCAGAGGCAUCCCCGCUCAUGCCAGACAUGCUGUUAAGGCUCCAAGGCUUUUCAUAACCUUCAGUUGAAAAACAGAGAACGUUCUGAGUACACUGCAGCACUGGAUCCAUGACAGACUGUUUUUUGGUGUUCCUCACUGGUUAUACUACACCUGUUGCUUUCUUGUUUUUGUCUCCAGAGAAACAGGUCAACACAGACUUCAGACAGGUUAUUAUUCUCCAUGCAUUUAGUGCAUCAGGAGUACAACAGCAUGCACCGGGUGGUACUGGAAUGGUUUGGAGUAUAACACUGUAAAAGACUUGGAAAAGGUAGGCACUCUCGGGCAGGGAAUGUAUUCAUAGCUACAGGUAGAAUUUUAUAGUGUUCAUGUGCCGGCCGCACAUGCAGCUAGAGACUUAGAGGAAUGUUUUGUAGCUUAUUAAAGAUAGAUAAAGAGGAUUGAACCUUUGUAUUAAAGUGUGCAAAUCAGUAAACUAGAAUUUAAUAUUUGACCUCAGCCUUCCUCCAUUUGUGUUGUGCUCCUUCACCAUACUGAUAGCACCCAUCAGCAAGACACUUCAUGCACCGUAAUGGUCAAGAGCAAUGUACUCAUAAGUCAGGAUCCUGCAUGGUAUUUAUCAUUAAAACACAUAUACAUACAUGGUACACACGUAGCACAUAAAACACUUUUUGGGCAUGUAAGACAACACAUUCUGGAUCUUAUAAAUCUCGAAAAUAGCUUUCUUACUCAUAAAUAGAUAGUGAUAUUACAUCAUGCAUGGUAUCAAAAAAUAUAUUAUGUAGAUGUGGACAAGUAUUGACAUUUGUGGUGAUUGUGCUUGGCCUGAACAGAUGCUAUUGUGACUUGGACUAUAUACAUUUCCCAAAGGAAGGAUUGAGGAGAAGCAGUUGCUGUUGGUGUGUGUGUGUGUGUGUGUGUGUGUGUGUGUGUGUGUGUGUGUGUGUGUGUGUGUGUGUGUGUGUGUGUGUGUGUGUGUGUGUGUGUGUGUGUGUGAAGGUUGUAAAAAGAGGUUUGCAGUUGUGUGUCUGCACGUUAGUGUGUGUAUGUGCCCUAGUGGAACUGAGGUGUAACACUCAGCAGAGAGGGAAAACAUAUCCUGUCUAAGGUCUACAGGGUGUCAGU